AUGACGACCGAAGUGCAAGAGCUGAGCGUGGAGACUCUCGGUCACGAGCCCACUGGGUGGGACUACGACCACGAGAACGACCCCAACGCCCCACCCAACAUCGAAGCUGAGUUGGAGAAGCUUCAGCCAGACCAUGGCCACAACGACUACUCCCAGCUCGUGGCCAUUCCUAUCUCUGAGGAGGAGAUUGAGGCCGCUUCCAAGAUUGACUAUGUCAAAUGGAAGCAGGAGCGCGCCGCACACCCGCACAAGGACGGCAGCUUCGAGUAUGCCGAGCAUAGCUACCUGGGUGACUCGCUUACCUUGGCUUGGGAUGACGGACAGUCCUAUGUUGCGAAGUAUAAGCCUUUCACCCUCCCGAACGGGCUGGAGGUGACAUAUGGCCAGAUCAACGGGCUGGCUGGUGACUUCUACGGCACUGUCAACCCCAUCAGUGAUGGCAGGGAUUUACAGGACCAACGCCAGCGUUUCCUGCGGGCGUGGUACUGGCUCGCCAUGGACACCACCCGUAACCCAACCGAGGCGCAAAAAAUCCUUAACACGCUCUCGACUGAGGUUGAUAUGGUCCAAGCCGCACUGGACAAGGGACAGGACCCAUCGACUGUAUACCCCAACAUCCCAGACGUCAACGUCCAGCUACAGCUCUACACCAUAACCCGUCCCGAUGAGUGCCCUAGCUACCUUGGUUUGGCCAAGAUCAACUGGGAUCACUUCGGCGCCGACGCCCGCACAGCCUACAACGCCUGCCACUCCGUCGCCCUGCAGGUCGCCGCCGGUGGAAACCUCCAGCUUGCCUACGCGAUGAACGCCUUCGGAGAUCACUUCCUCCAAGACUCCUUCGCAGCCGGUCACAUGCGCACCCCGAGACGCAAGCUCCACGACAGCGUUGGCGCGGCUGACCUAUGCGCCAAGUACAUGCACGACGAAGACAACGCCAUCGGGCUCUCUGUCAAGAGCCCCAUUGGCAGAGCCUGGCAUACAUUUGGUGAUAAGAAGCUGCUCGACAAGGAGGACAUUGCCAACAAGAACGAGGCCUGGAACGCGGUCCGGGCAUCUGCUGAUGAGAUCUACACUGCGUGGAAGACAAAGGUUGUGCCCCAGUAUCCCAAGUAUGCUGCUUGGAACUAUGCCCCGAUCUUGAGCGAGGUCUCUAGUAUUGUUGCGCCUCUUUUCAGGCCGGAUGGUCAGCGACGGGCGGAUAUCAGGAAGCGCUGCCAGGCGAAGUAUACGAACAACUAUUGGUAUUGGUCGACUGCGUCGGAUUGCGCGCUGAGUGGGUUGUGGGAUUAUCCGAUUAAGCCGACGGCGGAUUGUAAUAUCUGAUCAUUCUCACUUGAAUGUGACGGGAAGGAUCGGAUAAUGACGAGA